AUGGUGUCUGCGUUCUCCAUAGGCAAGCUCGGGCUGCUUUUACCUCCUCUGGCAGCCGCCUCCCCCAUCCAACUUCCCGCCCAGGGUGUCGACGCCCGCCAUGGCAUCAACGACCGGGUGCUCGAUGGACGAGGCAGCUUCGAGCACGUCGAUCUCCACUCCCGUACCACUCCGAAGGGGAAUACACAUGCUUCAGCAACCCUUUUUUCCCACUCCACCAUCACUACCAACACUCCUAUCCCCUCUAGCAAGCCUACCAACCCCACCACGAUCCUCUCUAAGCGCGACUCAGCAUACCAAACCAACGUCACCUUCGCUGGCAAGACGUACAUUAACAAGGGCCCUGUCGGUUUUGGCGCUCUUGCCGGCGAUGCUGUCGACUCGUUUGGGGAGACUAUCGGUGGGAUCGGGUCUGCCAUUGCACUGCAGUCUUUUGAGAAGGGUGACGACGGGGCGUAUACUGGCGUGAUCAUCGUCCAGCCUGAUAGGGGCCACAACACCAAUACCACUACCGACUUUAUCAGUCGUCGACACUACCUCUCCUUCACGCUCAACCCCUACUACAAUUCCACCCAGCUCUCCUACCAGAGCGCCAAAUCUACCUUCGAUCUCAAAUACAACAGCACUGUGCGUUAUUUCGAGUCGGACGGUACACCCACGACGGGGCUGGACGCUACUGGUAUCCGAAACGGCUCCAUCCCCGAGCCUAUCUCCAAUGCGACAUACAACCACAUCUCGUCCGACCCCGAGGGGCUUGUGCUCAACUCGGACGGCUCGUUCUGGGUCAGCGACGAGUACGGGCCCUACAUCUGGAAGUACUCUGCCAACGGCACUCUUCUCGACACCAUCGUCCCUCCCAAGGCCGUCUUGCCUUACAAAAACGGUUCCCUCUUCUUCUCCGCCGAGACAGAGAACCCCGAUACCGGACGAUCGCCCAACCAGGGCUUUGAGGGCCUCACCGCCUCUUCCGAUGGCAAGACCCUCUACGCGCUCUUGCAGACUGGUACCGUCCAGGACCUCGACGCCAACGACUAUGGUCGUUACACCCGGCUUUACGUCUACGACGUCUCCGGCACUCCUACCCUUACCAACGCCUAUGUCCUUACGCUUCCCGUGACUAACGGGAAGGGCAAGCCACUCGCUCAGUCCGACUUUAUCUGGAUUGCGGAUAGUACUUUCAUCUUGCUUUCUCGGGACGGGAAGGGGAAUGGGGAUGAUGAUGCCAAGUCGAAGCAUAAGGACUUUUUGUUGUUCAACCUCAAUGGCGCUACGGAUAUUGCUGGGACGGAGUACACGGAUGGGGUUGUGCCUAUCGCGCCGGGGAGUGUGCUCGUUUCCAACAUUACGAUCAUCGUGCCUACCCAGUUUAUCGACAUUAUCGACGAUACCCAGCUCGAGAGGUUCGGUCUGCACAACGAUGGCGACUUUGACGUCAGUCUGAUCAACAGCAAGUGGGAGUCUAGCGCUCUCGCUUCGGUCAACGAUCCUGCAUAUCCCGACGACUAUUUCCUCUUCACCUUCUCCGACAACGACUUCAUCACUACAAACGGGUCCGAGGCGGGAGAGGCGUAUGUGGAUGGGUAUGGGUCUACGCUCGACAAUCAGGCGUUGGUCUGGCGAGUGACAUUGCCGAAAUGA